AUGAAUAGUCACACUAACGCUCAUCAGCAAAGGCGAUCGUUACUUUCAAAAGGUCUAGCGGGGGAGAAUAGCACUACCGCCACUAGUAUAUCACAACAACAACACCAGCAACAACAACAACAGCAACAAACAGAAACUUUUCCUCAUCACCAGCAUCACGUACAGAAAUACCAGUCGAUGUCACAAGAGCAUCCCAUAUUAUGCAUAAAUGAAGUCAUAAGCGAAGAGGACGCAAACAAUUUACAAUAUAUAGAACAUCCAGAGCCACAACUUUUGGCCAGCUCAGUGGGGAAAGAUCUAGAUGGGAAGCUAAUACCGUCAUCAUCAACCAUUUCAUUGCUUUCGUUGAAUCAAGAUGUACCGCCGAGGAGUAAUGAGCAGUCGCAGCAACAACAACAGCAGCAACAACAACAACUGUCCUUAUCGAUGACGAAAACAUCACGUACCACGUCGUAUUCGAAUUUACAAAGAUUACAACCAUAUCAAAGAGCAGCCACUACGUCACCACCAUUUCAACAACACCAUUCACAACAAUCUCAAGUUUCAAGCCGAAGUUCACCCGAGGUUGUAGGCUUUCAACCAUUUGCGAUGCAGUCCAAUUACAACACUAAUAUGCUGUUAUCGAUUCCCGGAACCAUACCUAGCUCACCAAAUUUAGAUCCCGUUUCUUUGGGUGGCUCUCCUUCUCGCUUUUGGUUAUCUGCACAAACGCCUCCAACACCAAGCACCAAUAUGAGUAGAAUUCAAGCCAAUAGUCAAACGGUACUGCUACAGCUGCUGCAGCAGCAUCUGCAUUUCCAGCCACAAUAUUUUGUACAUAAAACAAGAAGGGGGUCGACCAAUAAAGUAGCAACGGGUGAUGAUUCCCCCGUGCUAAACCCCGUGCAAACGCCGAUCGAGGAUCCGCCCAUGACACCGUUGUUCUUGAGUAAUACAAACACUGUCAAACAUGUUGACUAUUUUACGCACUAUCAUCCAAAUCACAGUGAUUUGAAAGAAGAAGCACUGGAAGAGGAGGAGGAUAUAGAAGAUGGCUUAUUGGAUAGAGGUGGAGAAUCAUAUAGUAAGAGGUCAUUGAACGAACGAAUGGUUUCGGCAAAGGAUGUUUAUAGUUAG